AACGUUGAUGUAAAGUGGAAAAUUUGCGAAGCUUCACCUGCAAUAUCAUUUCCACGCACAUCGGUGCGACUCGUAUUAAAAGAAGUAAUGCGUAGAAUCGCUGUAACAUUAUCGUAAUUUGUUUUGUGGAUCAUCAUUGAAGGAUGUGGAAGUCGAAUCGUUCAACUUUCUCUCUCCGUUUUGGCAUCUUACUUAUAAUUAUUGGGAUUAUUACCGUUGUCAUCCAACCGCACGGCCUUAUCGUGGAUAGUUUAUUAGACGCGAACUUAGCAUUGGUCAAAGGAACCCUGGGAUUUAAUUUCUGGGAAGUCACAAAAUUGGAAUUUAAAGUAUACUUAUUUCACGUUACUAAUCCCAUCGAUGUACAGGAGAAGGGCGAGGUGGCAAAUAUAGUUGAACGUGGCCCUUAUGUUUACGACGAAUUGCUGGAGAAAAUUGUCAUCGAGACAGACGAUGCCGCCGAUACGAUCGAUUACCUGGCAAGACGAACGCUCGUUUUCAACGCAACGAAGUCUGGUAAUUUGUCAGAAAAUGAAGAAGUCACGAUUCUGAACGCAGCUCAUGUCGGAAGUUUAAUCACGAUAGCAAAUGGUUUCCCUGCGCUUCUAUCAAAAUUUGGAAACGGCCUAGCUCAGCUAUUUUCUGACCCGACGAGCAUUUUCAUGCGGGGUCGGGUGAGAGAUAUUCUGUUUGAUGGAUUACCGCUCGUAUGCGACCCUAAAGCCCACCCAGAGCUCGUCCUUGUUUGCGGUCUUCUGAAACGUCAGCGUCCACCAACGGUCAGAACCACUUCCGAAGCUGGAAUCUACGCCUUUAGCUUCUUUCACAAAAUCAAUGGGACGGAUGAGGGACCGAUGACCGUAUCUCGCGGGGUAAACGAUCGUUACACUACCGGACAUUUAUCGGAAUUCAAAGGCUUGCCUUACGCAGAUUUUUGGAGUAUAAAAAAUUGCUCCAUCAUCCGAGGAACCGACAGCAUUUUUUGGCCACCGAUGAGCUCUCGACAACCAGAAGUAUUUACGUACAUAAAUGACCUGUGCAGAUCGGUUUUCGCUGUUUAUAAAAAUGACACGGUGUACAGUGGUCUACUAGGCUAUUACUACACCACCACGGAGAGCUUAUGGAAUGACACAGAGUCACCCUGUUACUGUCCACGGGAGAAGAAAAAAAUCGUCUGUCCAACACAGGGUCUGCUUGACUUGAACAAAUGUCAGGAAGUGCCGGUAAUGAUGUCGGAGCCACAUUUUCUGCACGGUGACCAGAGCCUAUUUUCAAUAACUAAUGGCUUGCAACCUGACGAAGAAAAGCACGCAACAUACGUUGUGGUGGAGCCAUCGACUGGAGCACCGCUCUCUGGGUACAGGAAAAUGCAGCUGAACCUCAAACUUCCGCGUUUGAAGCAGAUUCAUGUCGUCGCUAACGUGACUGAGGGAGUAUUUCCGUUGCUGUGGGUUGAAGAGGGGACAACUCCAGGACCGAAAAUAUUAGCCCCAAUUAUUCUGGUCCAUCGGGCGAUCCGGUUGAUGACCUUUCUAUCUUGGAUGCCGUUACUUUUUGGUAUAUUUCUCGUCGCUUAUUCCUACUGCACGAAGACAUCAGCAAAAACUGAAAAUCCCAAAGCCUCGGGCCGAAGUACAUCGCUCGCGGCUCAUUAGACCUCCAAAUACUCGGAGCCUUGUGCAUUCCUUCAGGUUCAUGACAAAUAAUAUUGUCAGUCUUAAUUGAAUUCGAUUAAUUGAAAGUUAAAGAAAAAACCGCGUCACAGCCGUAUGUAUGUACAAAAAUCGUUACUAUAAUUACACUAAUAUAUAUAUACAUAUAUAUUACAAGUAUAAAUUUAGUCGUACAGUUUUAUUAUUUCUACCAUUGACACCCACGAACC